AUGUUCACCUUCAGCAAAAUGUCUCCUCAUUUGGCUGCCUUCGUCGGUCUCGGACUAUUUGUGAAGAAUCUCAUUGUGGCUACUGAUAACAAUCCUAAUGAUCCAGUGUUGGCAGAGUUGGGAAAUUUGAAAAGAGAUCUGAAGACUCUAGCCGAGAAAAUCGGGCAACAAUUCGACGACUUGAAAGCCUUCCAGGUUUCACUGAAAUUCUUUGAGAAUUUUACUUCCACGACCUCUGUGCUCUACAGAGCAAUGACCGACGUCACUGAGUCAAACAAUCGCGAGGCCAGUGAGAGAGUAUUCAAACGUCUUUACGAUAGGAAUCAUCCAUUUGACUUGACAAGGACAAUGAUGCAAAUGAUUGGAAACGAUGAGACGAAUCCGUUGAAAAUUGGCAUGAAGGCUGAUCCGUUGGAGACUAAAAAAACGUUUUCCAAGUGGAAGGAUCUUUUUGGGAGCAUCAUUACUCAGUUGUGGUUGAUAGAAUGUUUUGCAAUUGGAAUGAAUGAGCCCAUCGACACUUAUGAGCUUGAAAAGAUUGAAGAGGAGAAUUCAGUUCUUGAACAUUGGAUUGAAAACUGGAAGCAAGACUAUUUGAACAAUGCUCACUUCUGGCCGGACAAAAUUCGUCAGUUCGUGGGGCAGAUUCAAGACGAAAAUGUAGAAAAAUCCAACCAGGAAAAUGUGGAAUUGAUCAAAGCGGGUCUCGAGAAGAUUCUCACGGACGACUUGUUCUAUGUGAUGGUAUUCAAUGAGAAAUUGGUGCAUUCCGUGGUCGCCAACCCGAAUGAGCAACAUAUCAACUCAUCGAAUCGCGGAGGCUGCAAUGUUUUGGUGCAUCGGAGCAAACGGGGAAGAGAGGCGAGCCACGAGGAGAUGCACCAGUUCAGAGCAGACAUUGAAGGAUACGCCAGGGAGAUGGAGAGUUGGAGUAAGAAUUCCCAUUUCGUGAGCUGGGAGCAAGUGAGAACAUGGGCGAUGCGAAUGAGAAAUUGUGCGUUUAUGGUUGUGAUGCAGCACGACUACUAUGUGGCUGUUGAGUCGACGGGGCGAGAUAUUCAUGAGAUGGGCGCUGGAUGGUGGCUGAUGGGAAACUACAAUAUGGGAAAUAUGUUUCAGUCGUACGAUGUCCCAUUCUUGAUGUUGGCAGGAUUUGAAUAA